AUGGCGUUCUUGCUGGCUCUCGUCGCUGGAACUUCAUUGUUCGGCGCCUCAGUGCAGGCUGCUCAAGGAGUCAGUGGUACGCCUUUCGGCUUUGCCAACCAAGCCACCGGCGGUGGCGAUGCUGUGCCCGCGGCACCGAGCGACAUCGCCGAGUUGAAGGAGUGGCUGUCCGAUAGCACUCCGCGUGUGAUCCUUAUCGACAAGGAGUUCGAUUUUAUUGACAGCGAAGAUACCUGCACAGACUGCGAAUGCUGCAUUCCCGAGUCCAACACUUGCGGCGAUAAGGGUCAGAAUGCCAUCAAGACCGAGGGAUCCGACUGGUGCGGUAGCUAUCCGAGCAUCAAGUGCACAUAUGAUAACGCCGGUUUGGCAGGCAUGGAGGUUGCCUCGGACAAGUCGAUUGUGGGUGUGGGCAGCGAGGGUGUGCUGAAGGGCAAGGGUCUGCGUCUGGUCAAUGGCGCCGAAAACGUCAUCAUCCAGAACAUCCACAUCACGAACCUGAACCCUCAGUAUAUCUGGGGCGGCGACGCCAUCUCGCUGGAUGGCACUGACAACAUCUGGAUUGAUCACGUCAAGGUGUCCCUGGUUGGUCGCCAGAUGUUCGUGUCUGGUUUCGAGUCCAGCGGCAGCGUGACUAUCUCUAACAGCGAAUUCGACGGCCAAACCGAGUGGUCAUCUUCGUGCGACGGCAACCAUUACUGGACAGUGCUUGGUCUUGGAAAGGGAGACAAGGUCACCUUUGCCAACAACUUCAUCCACCACACCUCCGGCCGCUCCCCCAAGCUCGAGUACGACAGCCACUGGCAUGCUUACAACAACUACUGGUCCAGCAACACCGGCCACGCCUUCGACGUCGGCGAGGGUGCCAACGUUCUCAUUGAGGGCAACGUCUUCGAAGAGGUCAACACUCCCUUCCAGGAUGAGAGCAAGCCGGGCGCCAGCUUUGCUGUCGGUUCGAGCGAACAGUUAUCUGCCUGCGAGUCUGCUCUGGGUCGGGCUUGUGUUGCCAACAUCCUCACUCAGUCAGGCGAGCUGUCUGCCAGUGAUGACUCUGUUCUCUCCAACUGGCCAUCCGGCGAGGGUGAGAUCACCGUUGCCGAUGUCAGCGAGGUGAAGUCGCUGGUCAUGGCCAAUGCUGGCGUUGGAAAGCUGGCAUCGUCGGCCAAUCUUGGCAAGCGCGUUCUCCCCCCGGGCGGUCCGAACUUUCUUCCUCCCUCGGAGGGUGGCCUGGGAGCUGACGGAUUCCCCGUUCCGCCAACCCCAACCUGGACUACCAUCACCAGGACCCCCACUCCCACGCCUACCAGAACUCCUACUCCCACCCGCACCCCGACCCCUACCAGCAUGCCCACCCCCUCUGGCAAGCCCACCUCAGGAGCGCUGCCCGGUUUCAGCUGGGUUGGUUGGUAA